AUGUCGGACAAUAUUUCGUGUGUUUCUUUCCUGCAGAAGAUGUUUCGCCGGUUUCGCCGGUGGCUGCCCUGCUGUGCUACUGGUGAGGGGAGCGAGGCAGACCACCCGCCGGGUGAGAAGUUCACCCCUGGUCACCCACUGGACAGCAUGAAGGAACCAGCAUUAGCAACAACAGCUGCACCACCAGCCGUGUCGCCAACUGCAACACUUCAGGUUUCGCCAGCCACGUUGCCGGACACAGGAGGAGAGCCAGCAGAAGCCACAAGAGAAGUGGCGUCUCCACCUGCGUCACCAUCCACAGUACGAGUUCAACGACAAGCUGCACCACAAGUGGUUGCACCAGCCACUUCACCAGCCACACCAGCAGUUGCCACGGAAGCCACAACAAAAGUGGCGUCGCCAGCUGAAAUGCCAUCCACAACACAACUUGAACCAUCAGCUGUAACACACGUGGCAUCUCCAGCCACGUCCCCAUCUACAACACAUGUCUCAUCAGGCAUGACACAAGUGGCGUCGUCACCUAUAAUCGAAGUGGCGUCACCACCCACAACAAGGGCAAUUCUUCGAGCCUCAUCGUCAGGUAAAACAGAAGUUACAUCACCAGCAGCCGAUGUAACCACAAAACGUGUAGCCUCAUUACCUUUAGGGCAGGUGGUGUCCAAAGCAUCGUCGUCGGCCUCCACACAAAUAGCAUCCGCCAUCCCCAUUGCCUGCAACAGCAUGCAUCUUAUCACCAGUCCUGUUGCCAGAUACAACACUCAUCAAGUCACCAGUCCCGUUGCCAGAUACAAUACCCAUCAAGCCACCAAUCCUGUUGCCCGAUACAGCACACGCUGUGUCACCAGUCCUGCUGCCGGAUACAACACUCAUCAAGCCACCAAUCCUGUCGCCAGAUACAGCACACGCUGUGUCACCAGUCCUGCUCCCGGAUACAACACCCAUCAAGCCACCAAUCCUGUUGCCAGAUACAGCACACGCUGUGUCACCAGUCCUGCUGCCGGAUACAACACUCAUCAAGCCACCAAUCCUGUUGCUGGAUGCAGCACACGCUGUGUCACCAGUCCUGCUGCCGGAUACAACACCCAUCAAGCCACCAAUUCUGUUGCCGGAUUCAGCACAUGCUGUAUCACCAGUCCUGCUGCCGGAUACAACACCCAUCAAGCCACCAAUCCUGUUGCCGGAUACAGCACACGCUGUGUCACCAGUCCUGCUGCCGGAUACAGCACACGCUGUGUCACCAGUCCUGCUGCCAGAUACAACAUGCCUUCUGUCACCAGCCCUGCUGUGGGAUACAACACGCAUCCUGCCACCAAUCUUGUUGCUAGCUACACCAUGAUACGUGUCAAGAUGUUUCGCCGGUUUCGCCGGUGGCUGCCCUGCUGUGCUACUGGGGAGGGGAGCGAGGCAGACGACCCGCCGGAGGAGAAGACCGCCCCUGGCCACCCACUGGACAGCAAGGAGGAGCCAGCAUUAGCAACAACAGCUGCAUCACCAGCAGUGUCGCCAGCUGCAACACUUCUGGUUUCGCCAGCCACGUUGCCGGACACAGGAGGAGAGCCAGCAGAAGCCACAAGAGAAGUGGCGUCUCCACCUGCGUCACCAUCCACAGUACGAGUUGAACGACCAGCUGCACCACAAGUGGUUGCACCAGCCACUUCACCAGCCACACCAGGAGUUGCCACGGAAGCCACAACACAACUGCAGUCUCCAGCUGUACUGACAUCCACAACACAACUUGAACCAGCAGCUGCCACACACGUGGCAUACCCAGCCACGUCCCCAUCUACAACACAUGUCUCAGCAGGCAUGACACAAGUGGCGUCGGCACUUAUAAUCGAAGUGGCGUCACCACCCACAAGAAGAGCAAUUCAUCGAGCCUCAUCACCAGGCAAAACAAAAGUUACAUCACCGGCAGCCCGUCUAACCACAAAACGUGUAGCCUCAUUACCUUUAGGGCAGGUGGUGUCCAAAGCAUCGUCGUCGGCCUCCACACGAAUAGCAUCCGCCAUCCCCAUUGCCUGCAACAGCAUGCAUCUUAUCACCAGUCCUGUUGCCAGAUACAACACUCAUCAAGUCACCAGUCCCGCUGCCAGAUACAACACUCAUCAAGUCACCAAUCCUGUUGCCAGAUACAGCACACGCUGUGUCACCAGUCCUGCUGCCGGAUACAACACACAUCAAGCCACCAAUCCUGUUGCCAGAUACAGCACACGCUGUGUCACCAGUCCUGCUGCCAGAUACAACACCCAUCAAGCUACUAAUCCAGUUGCCGGAUACAGCACACGCUGUGUCACCAGUCCUGCUGCCAGAUACAGCACAUGCUGUGUUACCAGUCCUGCUACCAGAUACAACACCCAUCAAGCUACUAAUCCUGUUGCCAGAUACAGCGCACGCUGUGUUACCAGUCCUACUGCCAGAUACAACAUGCGUUCUGUCACCAGUCCUGCUGCCGGAUACAGCACACGCAGUCUCACCAGUCCUGCUGCCAGAUACAACACCCAUCAAGCUACUAAUCCUGUUGCCAGAUACAGCACACGCUGUGUUACCAGUCCUGCUGCCAGAUACAACACCCAUCAAGCUACUAAUCCUGUUGCCAGAUACAGCGCACGCUGUGUUACCAGUCCUGCUGCCAGAUACAACAUGCGUUCUGUCACCAGUCCUGCUGCUGGAUACAGCACACGCAGUGUCACCAGUCCUGCUGCCGGAUACAACACUCGCUGUGUCACCAGUCCUGCUGCCAGAUACAACAUGCGUUCUGUCACCAGCCCUGCUGCCAGAUACAACACCCAUCAAGCUACCAAUCCUGUUGCCGGAUACAGCACACGCUAUAUCACCAGUCCUGCUGCCAGAUACAACAUGCCUUCUGUCACCAGCCCUGCUGUGGGAUACAACACGCGUCCUGCCACCAAUCCUGUUGCUAGCUACACCAUGAUUCGUGUCGCAAGAUUCUGA